CAAAUUUGUUAUUUUUUUCAGAAGAAAUUUUACGGCCGGUGCUUCACUUGCUAAUGCUGUCGGUGGUGUUAUCGGUAGCGCGAUAUUUAAGCUUGACGAACUGAUUGGCGCAUUUGGCGCACAGUUACGCUUACCUCUGAGCGCAAAAACAGCAGUCACCACAUCCGCUAUCGGGCAGCCUCAAGCAGUGCCACAAGGGCGUUAUUAUGGAACAGUGGUUGUGUCCGGUCGGUUACCAGAGAAAACGGAGCCUGUUAUUCUGCAAUUUUCUGGGAAAAAUCUUGAGAAACGAGAUAAAAUUUUCGACGAAACCUCUGUAUUUUUUGAGAUACAUAGGAUUGAAAAUGAUGACACGAGAACUGAACUGUACCGCAGUGAACCGCUACAGGAACACUCCCAUCCUGUCUGGAGGCCCUUCAGUUUACAUUUGAGGAAGAUCGCUGAUAACAGAAAUAGGUUACUGGAAAUAUCUGCAAUGUAUCGAGAUGAAGUGAAUAAGACAGGCCUGAUAGGCUCAUUUCUGACGACUUACGCCAAAAUGAAAUAUGGCCCAGGUCCGGAAAAUGUUUAUAAAUUGGUAAAUCCGAAGAAGAAAACCAAAAAAGGUUAUUCGAAUAGCGGGAAAAUGGAGCUGGUCAAGUUUAGCGAUGAGUAAAA